CAGAUUGUCCUCGAUGGAUGUAUGAAAGUACUGCAGCAAGAAGAGCCACGUCAUAACUCACGUGUAACUUCUGUAGUUAAAUCAGGUGUGCUUGUGAUCAGCAAACAACAAAUUCACAGCCAGGCCUUCACUGCAGUAACUUGUCUGAUGUGGAAGCAUCUAUUGACUUCAACCUGAAGUAUCUUCUCUGUUCCCAUUCAGGGCUGCUGAAAGAGGCAACUUUGAAGCUGCUGUGAAGCUGGGGAUAGCGUACCUGUACAAUGAAGGCUUUUUAUCAGCAAAGAGAUCUUGAUGAUACAGGAGGCUGUAUGGCUAACAGACAACACGUACAAAUGUGAAGACCUGGUCAGAAUGAUGGUUGUGAUCAUCUGUGCCCUAGAAGGAAAGACCACAGAAUUGUAUGGGUUGGGAUGGACCUCUAGAGAUCAUCGAGUCCAACCCCUGCCAAAGCAGGCUCCCUACAGCAGGCUGCACAGAUACCUACUAUUGUGGACUACAAAGAAGUGCUGUCAAACAUAGUCUCACUGGAGAGAAGAACUCUUCACCUUUACAGCUUCAUUUGUGAGCUGUCUCUCCUAAACACGAGCCUUUUCGGGUACUCCCCAGCUCGGCUGGCUGCUGCAGCACUGCUGCUGGCUAAGAUCCUGCAUGGCCACGGAGCAGCCCGUUCAGUGGAGCUGCAGCAAAGUGCAUCAGGCUGCCUUGUCCCUUCAGGGAGCCUCUGUGGGCAAGGUGCCCCAACCACCCUGGGGAGUGUGGGAGGGGGGAAAGGUGUAAUACGUGAGAGUGGAGUUGAGUUUGGUCUGUAGCAAUGCAAUAACAUGAGCCCUGCAUUUAAAUGAGACUGAAGGGUUUUGCCCUUAUCUAUGCAGUAGAAUUCUACUUAGGUGUAGCUUCCAUUUCUCAAGUAAGCCUAUCCUAGAAGCAAAUUCUGAACUUCAGCUGUGUGCAGGCAAAAGCUCCUAAAGAUUGUCACCACACAGGCAUGAUCUUUACCCCAUUAACAACUCUGUCUGACUAUAGAACUUGCGAGCUCUGUGAAAUGGUAAUGCCUGUUCCCUCCUCCAGCACAUCCCUGGACCAGCCAGCUGUCUGAGUGCACUGGGUUCUCUCUUGAAGACCUGUUGCCGUGUGUGCUGCGCCUUCACCAAAAAUGGUGAUGAGCUACAGCCAGCUCUGUUCACUGCUGGGUGUGAAGCAGGAGGACCUGAAACCCAGUCCCCUGCACACAAAUGUCAUAGAAAUUAAAGCUUUCUUUAGCUCUCCCUCUGGAAAGAGAUCUAAAAGGAGGAGGGAAGACAGCACUCAGGAUGACAGGGGCAGCUUAGUGACUACACCUACAGCUGAGCUAUCCACCCAGGAAGAAAGUCUUCUGGACAGCUUCCUGGACUGGAGUUUAGAUUCCUGCUCUGGUUAUGAAGGCGAUCAGGAAAGCGAAGGCGAGAGAGAUGGAGAUGUCACCAGUCCCAGUGGAAUCCUGGAUGUGACAGUGGUGUACGUGGAUCCAGCAGAGCACUGCUGUCAGGACUCCAGUGAUGAGGACAGCCUCUCUGUCGAGUGUCCUGGGCACGCAGCACCGCCAAGGAAGGCCAGGACUCCAGAUGAAACUCACAGAGUUUUUUCAGCCUGUGUUGCCUCAAGAAAUCCCAGCUGUGAAGGGAGCUCAGGCUACUCUUCUGUCAGUGGUGCCAGUCCUACAUCUUCCGUGGAAGGCAGCUGCAGAAUACCUCUCAAACCCACCUCAGCACUGUCUGUCCAUCUCAUUAGACUAAGCAACAGCUGCAGAGCCAUUCAGUACAGGGGUUCCAUGUCACUGUUGAGGUGCUGCUGAAAGAAGAGUCUCAUUUCUAGAAGCCAAAGCUUUGGUGGAUGAUCAAUUGUCCGCAAAAGUUUCCAGAAUGGGAAGGAAGGGUGUAGGUGAGGAGCUCCUCAGAUGUGUGCUUUCCAGACGUCAGUCAGUCAGCAACUGGUGUUCUGCUGUCAGGGUCCCUGUAUUGAUAGCAGUCAGCAUGGAGAUGGCUCAUGACAUUGUAAGGCCAUGGUGAUGUGACCCUAAAAAUGUCCUGUGGUGACCAAAACAUGGCUGUGUUGAGCAAGGGGAGGCUAUGGCCUGAAAGUUGCCCUACUUGUCAGCACAGGGAUUCUGUGGGUCUCCAUCUUUGGUCUGGUUCUCUUUACUGUUGAUUCUAAUAAAGAUCUGGAAGUUGUAUGAA